GUGUGUGUGUGUGUGUGUGUGUGGAUGUGUAUGCAUCUGAGAAUGCAUGUGUGUGUGUGUGUGUGUGUGUGUGUGUGUGUGUGUGUGGAUGUGUAUGCAUCUGAGAAUGCAUGUGUGUGUGUGUGAAGAGGAAAUGAUUGUAACAAUGCAACAGAGACUUCCUGUUAGUGUUCAGUCAAAUGGACGUCUCUUGUCCUGCUCCUGGAAAGAAGAGCGCAAGACCUGAUGACCCCUCUUUACACCCUCUGACCCCUCUGACACCUCCUCCCCUCCCUAAAGACUCCUCCCACUCACCUGCUCCCACUGCCACACCCCCCCAUGGACAGGUGCGCCGGGCACGGGGCUUUGCAGCAGUGGCGAAGCGGGUGAUUCAGGAAGAGAGGAAGAGGAAAGAGGAGGAGCAGGAAAGGGUGGAACAGGAAGAGGAUGCAGCUGAAGAAGAACUGAGCUUUGAGGAGCUUCUAGAGAAAGCUAAAGCAGGAGAUCCUAAAGCCCAAAGCAGUUUGGGUAAGUACUAUCUGAAUUUAGGAGCAGACUCUGAGGCUGAUGUAAAUAACAAAAUCGCUGUUGAUUGGCUGGUGAGAGCAGCAAAACAGGGACGAAGAGAUGCAGCAAAACUACUACAACAAUGCUGGAUCCAAAAAAAAGGUAUCACUCCACAGAAUGAAGCUGAAGUGCGUUCUCUGUCAAAGGAGAGUAAGUUUGAGCAGGCGGUUCGGCGAGCAGCAAUGAUGAUGUAUUGGAAGUUGAACCCAGACAGGAAGGAGAAGAUGGACAAGAGAGAAAUAUUGCAGAACGUCAGGCAGGUCAACAGUGAAGCAGGUGGUGUCUGUAGUGGAGCUUCAGAUGUCCAGGCACAGAGAAAAAUUUUGGAGACAAUGGUGGCCAAUGAGCUGUGUGUGUGUUGUGCAGCACACAGUCAGUAUGUGGAUGUGGAGGGGUUUGUGGAGAUGACGAAAAAAUACACAGAGAACAUCACCCAGACACCGCAGAAUAAAGAGUCGAAGCAAGACACCGCGAAAGGAGGAGUGUGGGACUGGAAUGAUUUAACAACAACGGACAAGAAGGGGGUGUGUCCUGUAUCUCAUAAGAAAAGUGUAUGGCCCGGCAGUCAGAUGAUGCUGGAAACGAAACGCAGCAUGAAGAGAGCCUUGGACAUGAAAUCCUAUUUCCUGGGUCUACAAUAUCCUCUCCACCUGAUCCUGGAUAUAAAGGAGCAUCUGGUGGACUGGGCAUCUCGAGCAGGUGUUCAGUGGCUGAGCACAAUCAUACCGACUCAACACGUUAAUGCACUCGUCUUCUUCUUCAUCAUUUCUAACCUAAGUGUUGAUCUGUUUUUCUUCUUCAUCCCUCUCCUUACAUUCUACCUGGCUUUCAUCUCCAUGGCAAUUUGCACUCUGCGAGUGUUUCGUAGCAGUAAAUGCUGGAAGAACUUUAGUGCAUUAGCAGCUCUCCUGAGGCGUUUUGAACCUGAGCUGGACGUUGAGUCUCACUUUGGCUGGAGUCAGCUGGAGCAGCACCUUUACUUCCUGGUUUCUGUGUGUUUUGUGAUCUUCAGUUUCCCACUGGCUGAUAAACGCUGGAUCCCAUGCUCAGAGCUCUGCACAGUGGCCAUGAUCUUCACAGCUCUAAGUUACGCCUCUCUGACCCCAGCAGCAGCGUCGUACACACGCAGAGCAUUCAUAAUUGAGGUGGCAUCCUCUCUCUGUGCCCUAACAACUCGCCUUCCUGAGGAAUUUAAGACGCUGCGGCUUUUAGGCCAAACAUUUGCAACAAUGCCAAUCGGAGAGUUGGUGGUGCUUACAAUUAGCCUGCCAUGCUUGCUUUAUCUCUACCUUUUCUACCUGUUCUUUAGCAUGGCCCGGAUGCAUGGAUUCAGAGGGACGUACUGCUUCCUGGUUCCAUACCUAGUGUGUUUUAUGUGGUUGGAGUUUGCAGUGGUUCUCCUGCAGAACUCAACUCUGAUUGGUCUGAUUCGCACUUGUGUUGCAUACUUCCUCUUUCUGUUUGCUCUGCCUGUACUGGCACUGGGACUGGCAGCCAUGUUAAUGAUCCAGAUGGUAAAAUGGUUUUUGGAACUGGAGCUAACAAAGAUGUUGGUGACAUUGGCGGUGUGUGUGGUUCCUGUCACACUCCGUCUGUGGACUCGCUUCAGUCUAUCGAUUCUGAACGUGCUGCGCUCCAUCACACACCGCGGCCCUGUCAAACUCAUCCUGUUGUGUUUGUGCUGUGUGUUUUUGGUGUGUAUGGGUUAUGUGUACAGUGCAGAGGGGCUGAAGGUGUAUAACUCCACGCUGACAUGGGAGCAGUACAGCACAGUGUGUGGCCCCUCAGCAUGGAAACAGCAUGGCAUCACACGCACUCAGAUCCUCUGCAGUCACCUGGAGGGACACAGAGUCACAUGGAGUGGAAGGUUUCAGGGGGUCCGAGUGGCCGAGACAGAGAACGGAGCUCAGUCACUCAUCAACUUGCUGCCUGUGUUCAUGGGUGAUUGGCUGCGGUGCCUCUAUGGCAAUGAAUAUCCAUCUUGUGAGGGGCGGAAUGUUAGCAAUUCACUGCAGGAACAAACAGGUGUAAAUGCAUCAGUUCUCUUCCAGCAGCGAGAGGAAGAGGAACUUUGCCGCUUCAAACCUGUAGCAAAACACCGCUGCCAUGUUAAACGCUUUGAUAAGUACCGUUUUGAGGUAACAGUGCGCCAUCCAGUGGGUGGAGCUGAGAUUGAAGACACUGACAGUGACAUUAUCCUCCUCGCCAGCCAUGAGUUUAAGCAGGUAUUGCUGAACCUAGAUGAGGGCAGCAUGGUGGAGUUCAGCACCAAGUUGGAGGGGAAACUGGGAUCCAAACUACCGAGACUGGAGCUGAAAGCAAUUCACUGUCUGAACUGCAGGUCGUCGCUGCUGCCUGAAGGACGGCAAGUCAAAAUCGAACGUAACUGGAGGAAGAGCGUGCAGGCUGCCAUCAAGUUCGCCUUUGACUUCUUCUUCUCCCCCUUGCUCUCAGCCAGGUUCAAGGUGUGAGGUAGAGGACUGUAGUAGCGAGUGAAUAUUAGGGAAGAAAUUCAUGGAAUGUUCCAGUACUGAAAAGCAGGAAAAGGAGUAUUGUUUAUUGCACUUUUCAGUGCCGAUGCUUGUUGUGAAAACAUAAAGCUCAUAUCAGCACCAAACUAAGGUGAGAAAAUGUGUGUGUAAAGUUUCUAAUCUUUUAGAGUUACUUUACAUGUACAAUAUGGUGUCGUAAAAGGUUCUGUUUUAGGCCAGCUUUAUAUCCAGUACCCUUUGACAGUAUUCACAAACAUGUUGGUCUUUAAUUCAGUGCUGAUGAUAUUUAUCAGUUCAGCCAGAUUCAACACCAAAAUCAAAGACUUAAAAGCUUGGAUUAACUGAAAAUCUUUCUCCUAAAUUAUCUUAAAAACAGAAACUGAUGUUCUGCAGUGAGGUUGUUGAUUUUGCUAUGAAACCAAAAGGUACAGUUAAGGAAAAUAAUGUAACUGGUUUAUUACUAGAUUUUAAAGUAAAUUCUCUGAAACUGCUUCUUAUUUUAGAUUUUAAAAAUGUAAAGUUUUAAAAUAUCAAUUUAAAAUUGUCUGAAAAAUACACAUCUUUUUGUGUGUAUGACUUUGCAUGAGUUCAGAUUGUGUAUGUUUAUUAAAAUUCCUCUGAAAUAAA